CGCCGCCGGGGCGCCCCGUGGCCAAGUCCUCCGCCGGCCCCGCAUGGCGUGCUACCUGGUCAUCAGCUCCAGGCACCUCAGCAACGGGCAUUACCGGGGCAUCAAAGGCAUCUUCAGGGGACCCCUCUGCAAGAAGGGAUCGGCCUCCCCGGAUUUUGCUGAAAAGGAAAAAGCAGCAACAAGGGCUCUGGAAGAUGUGAAGGCAAAUUUCUAUUGUGAACUAUGUGACAAACAGUACCACAAACAUCAUGAGUUUGACAACCAUAUCAAUUCCUAUGAUCAUGCUCACAAGCAGAGACUGAAAGAGCUUAAACAAAGGGAAUUUGCACGGAAUGUGGCUUCAAAAUCCUGGAAAGAUGAGAAGAAACAGGAAAAAGCACUCAAACGACUCCAUCAGCUGGCUGAGCUGCGGAAGCAGUCAGAAUGUGUUGCCGGAUGUGGGUCUCUGUUGAAAACUCCCCAAAUGAAUGUAGAAAAACAGGAGCAACCACAAGAAAAGCUUCUUUCAGUUGAAGCAGGCAAUGCCAAGAACAUAACCGAGGGACAAAAUCGCACCAGCAGUACUCCAGAGAAACACGAGCUUGUGCCAAGCAUGAACCAGGCUUGCUUAGAGAGGCACCAUUUGCUUAGAAAUCGGAUUUCUCCAGCAUUUUCCUGUGGAACAAAUUCUUGUAAUCGGGCUGGGGUGUCUUUUUCCUUCUCUAAAAAAGUCCAUUUGAAGCUUGAGUCAUCAGCAUCUGUCUUCAGUGAGAACAUGGAAGAAGCAUACGACUGCAUCAGAUCACCUAGGCAUAAAACAAAACAGGUUCCCACAGAGUGCCAUGGUUGUAUACAUCUGAGUGAUGAGAGGAGAGCAAAUUUGCAAAAACGGUUAAAUGCACUUCAAGGUCACCCAAACAACAUUGCAUCCUGCAGUCAACCUGGAAAAAAGAAAAUGCAGAAAGGAAAUGAUUGGAACACCAAUAGAGAGCAAGUGGAAAGUUAUCUUUCAUCUCGUAAAGACAAUUUACAUCUUCCAGAUUUGGAAUGUAGUGGGUCUCCAGAUGUAAAAGAGCAAGAAGAAUUUCAAAAUGAGACUCAGAAAUCCUUGGAAACUGUUGUUACACCCCACUGCCUAACUAGUAAUGUUUGUAUGCAGCAAAACAGUUACAAGCACAGUGAUGUCCUGUUUGCAGAACAUGUCUCUGAAUUCUCAGGCCAUCAAUCCUCCAAGCAAGGACAUUCUUGUGAGGUAAACUAUAGUCCCUGUGCAUCCAGGCAAUCUACUGAUUGUUCAAAAAUGGUGACUACAAACUCGGAGACACCUAGGGAUGAUUCACUGAUUCAUGAAAUUAAGCCUAAAGCAUUGCCUUUCCUUCAUGUACUGAGUAGAGAUGGCAGGACAGCCUUACGGUGGCCCACAGAACUACUUUUGUUUACAAAAACAGAACCGUCCAUUUCGUACGGUUGUAAUCCAUUAUAUUUUGAUUUUAGGCUCUCUUUGUCCCAUAGAGACAGUGGACAUAAUGAAACCAAUGCAGAAAGUCCUAAUGAGCACCUAAAAAACAUGGACAUAGAUGGAAUUGAAGCCUCAGGUCUAACUGAGAUCCAGCAGCUGUCCAGUGACCCUGAUAAUCAGUCUUUGAAGCCAAAGAAGAAGAAAAGAGCUGUAAGCCUAAACAAGUCCCAGUCGAAACUGGAUUCAGACAUGGAGAAUGAAAUGAAUCAAUGUACUACAAAGUACAUUUCAGAUGAUUUAAAUGAAAAUAUACCAGAAGUGCCUGCUCACCUUGAUUGCUCACACAGGCAUUACACAAGAGCAACAAGUCCCCACACAACAAUGCAUGUGAGAUCUUUAGCACAGCACUUGCAGAACUUUGAAAAAACUCUACAGGAUGAAGUAACAGAAAACAUUUGCAUCUAUCCCUUGGUGUCUUCUAGGACAAAACAACAAACAUGUGCAAAAUGUGAUUUAAUGUAUUCCCAAAGACAAAGCGGUCUGAAUUUAGUCACCUGCCCCAGUGACAUAAGGGACAGCAGGAAAGAUUCCAUUCUCAGUUAUUCCUUAAGUUCUACUGGUGAGUGUUUGGAAAAUGAAAAUGGGAGUUUUGCUAGUUGCUGGAAAUUUUCUUCUUUGCAAAAGCCCUUUUUUGACAGACAGUCGAAUUAUUCUGACACCUCUGCUAGCAGUAUGUCUAGUUACGCUAGUUGCUACUCUAGUCACAGAUCGAGUGAUCACAGCAGAAAUCAUUUGCCUUUUUGUUGUAAAAGGAAACAAAAGCUGGUUGAGAGGCAGAAAUGUAAACACAAAAAGCACAAUUGCAUUUCAUCAUCUGAUGAUGCAGAUGAGGAUUGCCUUUUCAACAAAAAAAGUCAAAAAUCUAGAAACUGUACACAAAGGCAUACAAUAAAAUAUCAAAGACAUUCAAGAUAUAGGCAUUUACUACAAAGAGACAUAUCAAAGCAGAGCAGAAAUAGAUUCCCUUUCUGUAAACACAGCAGGAACAGGAGCUACAGCAGCUCCAAGGGUUCUUCCAUCCAAGAUUCAGGCAGCAGUGAAAGAUCAUCAAGUUCCACCAGAUCAAGAGGCAGCAGUUCAGGAUCCCUUGCUAAAGAAUCAAUGCACAGCUGGAGCAAACACAAAAGGGAUGUGAAACGCAAUGAGAGCACUGAACUAGGGAAAUCAAACUUUGCCCACUCAGAUUGCCAAUAUCGAAAAUGUCCAUCAAAACAUGUUGGAAUUUGCUCCAUCAGCCAUUUAGAAAGAGAAACACUGGGACAACAGAAGUCAUUAACUGCAAAGCUACUUUUAGAGAAGGUGAACUCAAAGAGAAACCAGGAGCAAACUCAUAAUACUAAGAACUUUUCAAAUGCUUGUGAGAUUGGUCUCCCCCAUAGUCAAUCUGGUAUUAAAAGUACAUCUUUAAUGUCUAGAGAAGUCAUGUUCCUUCCCCCCGAGAAAGCUCUCAACACUGGUACAAGCAAUGUGUGGAACAGAGAAACCAGUGAACUAGAAAACAGUGAGGGCCAAACCCAAGUUGAUAUUUCAGCAAUAGAUAGUGUUACGCUUACAGCUAAUGCUGCCUAUGGCAGCUGCCUGCUUAAAGACUUAAUUCAAAGAGGCACAGACUAUCAGACUCCAAACAUGGAAAAGGAUGCAGCAAUAAAGGAACAUUCAAAUGUCUUACCUGGUGAAAUGCAAUCCCUUCUACAAAGCUGUGAUGCAGUGCCAAAUGAUUUUUCUGGUGCUUUCCCUUCUCAUACAUAUUCUGUUGUUCCAAAUCUAACAGAGACCAAAGAAGAACACAAUGCAAACAUGAACUUGAAUGGGGAGGGAAAUAAUCUAAGCUGUUACUCUGACACUGCUAUGCAUAAAUCCAGUGAAACAGAGAAUAGUAAAUGCAUCUUGUCUCCUUUAACACAGCAGCCUAUUACAUUUUCUCCAGACGAAAUAGACAAAUACAAGUUUCUUCAGUUACAGGCUCAGCAGCAUAUGCAGAAACAGCUCUUGGCAAAGCAUCUCAAGAUCCUGCCUGCCACAGCACCAGCUACCUUUUCUACAUCUUCAGCUGUUCAACCCAUUCCUAUUCAGCAACACUCUUCUGUUUCCACUCUCCACCAUACAUUGUUACAAAGCUUUGCUUUGUCCACUGGAGUACAUCCUCACAGCAGCCAUUUUUCCCUCACUCAUCUACAUCCAUUUUCACAAUCACAGUUUGCUCCCAUAUCACUUUCACCAUUUACGCCAACCUUCAUGCCUGCACAUUCAGCAUUGUUAGCAGGACAUCCAUUUCAUUUGGUAUCUGCAACUCCCAUCCACCCUUCCCACCUGAUGAUCCCACCACUGCCCCAUGCUGCAUUUAUACCUACCUUGUUCUCUCCACAGUUGAAUGCAGCUGCAUCUUCUGCAAUACAUCUCAAUCCUCUAAUUCAACCAUUGUACCUGGGCCAAGAGCUUCAUCGCCAUUCUUGACUAGACUGAAGAUGGUGUGGGUGUGGGUGGUUGUCUGAUGUUGGGAGAGAAGCAGAAUUUAGAUUAUUCAAACUAAGUCUGAAUAAUUAUUGCCCUUGCUUCAAAAAGCAAUUUUUAUAGACAUUCUCAUUUAGUAGUUAUCUGAUUGUAUAACAUAGGAGGAACCUGUGGCUCAUAUAUAAAGAGUUACACCAACAAUGCAGAGAAAAUCUGACUUUGGCUGCCGAGAACAUGAAGCUUAAUGUGAUGGUUCAUUGUGGGCUUUUAAGUUUCCCUCAUCCCACCCCUCAAAAAAUCUGUAGACACAGUGGUUCUCAAGCAGUGGGGUGGGACCCCCAGGGAGGGCACAGGAGUUGCUCAAAGGGGAAAGUGGGGCUCAAAGUGAGACUUUGAGGCUGUUCCUUCCUUCCUCCUACUACUCCUCCUCGUCCCAAACUUUUUAAUGUUUACAAUUUACACAU